CCUCACUACUUCGGCGGCUGGUGGCAGCAGAGCCGCUUGAAUGAUGCUUGGAUACAAGAAUUUGUUGUUGAGAUCUUCUAGACACAGGAAGAGAAGAAGAAACGACAGUAAAAGUAAGUCAACAACAACUCAAAGUAAGAAAAUCUUUGUUGCAGAAACUAAACAAUCGUCAAAUUUUGCAACGAAAGUUGCAGAAGAAGAAGAAGGAGAAGAAGAAGUUGGUUUCAGCUUGAAGACUUGCCAUUACAACAAUCAUGUCGUUCAACCACUUGGAAAUCUCUAUUUCAUCCCAAAUUUACGCAACUGCAGAGAUACAGGUCUAGGUAAUCUCCAAAAGUUAACAGAUGAACUUGUACUCGACAUUCUUGGCUUAUUAGGCGGAACCCAUUUGGGGAUUUUAUCUACUGUUAGUAAAUCGUUCUACGUUUUCUGUAACCACGAACCUAUAUGGAGAAAUCUCGUAUUGGAGAAUUAUAACGGCGAGUUUCUCUAUAAUGGGUCAUGGAAAUCGACUUUUAUUGCCACAUUCAGCCCUUCAUUUUCACUCUCCAGAUCUGUGCCAACAUGCUUAAAAGUUAGGGAUUUCUUUUCUGAUUAUCUAUUUCAGAGUUGGCUUUGCGCAAACCUUGAAAUGAAACCCGAAUGGCUUGAAAGGGAUAACAUACAGAGGAGAAGGGGAAUUUCAGUUGAUGACUUUGUAAAGAAUUUUGAGGAACCAAACAAACCUGUAUUAUUGGAGGGUUGUAUGGACAAUUGGGUUGCAUUUAAAAAAUGGGAUAAGGAUUAUCUGGUUAAGACUUGUGGCAGUGUCAAAUUUUCAGUUGGACCGGUGGAGAUGAAACUUGAUGAUUUCUUUAUGUAUUCAGAGCAGGCUAAGGAAGAAAGACCAUUAUACCUAUUUGAUUCAUCGUUCGUAAAAAAAGUUCCAGAACUUGGAUCAGGUUAUGAAAUACCAGAAUACUUUAGAGAAGACCUUUUUGGCAUUUUGGGUAAUGAGAGACCAGAUUAUAGAUGGAUUAUAGUUGGACCAGCAGGAUCAGGUUCUUCAUUCCACAUUGAUCCGAAUUCGACUUCUGCUUGGAAUGCAGUAAUCAGAGGCUCGAAAAAAUGGGUUUUGUUCCCACCAGAUGUUGUUCCUCCUGGGGUGCAUCCGAGCCCAGAUGGGGCUGAAGUGGCUUCUCCAGUCUCGAUUACUGAGUGGUUCAUGAACUUCUAUGAAGAAACAAAGCAAUGGAAGAAGAGACCAAUUGAGUGUGUUUGUAAGGCUGGGGAAGUCAUAUUUGUGCCCAACGGAUGGUGGCAUUUAGUUUUCAAUUUAGAAGACUCCAUUGCAAUUACACAGAAUUUUGUCAGCAGGAGGAAUUUGUUGAACGUUUUAGAUUUUAUCCAGAGGCCUAAUGCCAAGAACCUUGUGUCUGGGACAAGAGAUCGAGUGAACUUGCAUGACAACUUUAAGGCCGCAAUUGAGACAUCUUUCCCUGGAACUAUUGCCGAAUUGAUGUCUAAAGAAGCGGAGAAAAUUGCGCAGCUUAAGAAACCUACAUUCUGGGAGGCUGCAAGCGAUGCCAAAGGAGGUGCCUUUAAGUUCUCUUUCUAACUUAAGGAGGAGGAUUAUACUUACCUACCCUUUACAAAUAUAAUGCAUCACUAUUUUGUUAUUUUAUUUAUUAUUUACAAAUAUUGAACUUUCUAAUGCUCAGAUAAUUUCUUUCGGGUUUAUCAAGAUUUUGAAUGAAUGGUUGGUUGGUUGUUAAACACAAUGAUCCAUUUGGAUGGAAAUUUAGUUUUUUUUUUAUUAAGUUAGGUUUUUAUAUUUCUAUUU